AUGCAGCAGCGGGCGCGGCGGGCGCGGGGGGCCCGGGGACCUGCGGGGAUGCGUCUGAUGCUUUGCUUCCUGCUGUUGAGCAGCUGCCCUGGGGGCUGGGACGCCAUUAGUCCCCACGGCUGUCUCUUUGCCCGAAGACUCUGCUCUUACCUGGAAGUCUGUGCCAAGGAGGGACAGCCCCAGGUGGGCAUGCAGCCACCCAGGUCCUGGCAAGGAGUCGUCAAGCUGGUCUUCCGAUACUGGCAAGAUGUGCUUCAGUGGCUCAUGCCUCAAGGACUGUUCUGGAAGGAUGAUGUCACUCAAGAUGUAAAGACCCAGAAGAUGGAGCACAUGCCCAGGCUCCACGCCUCAGAGACCUACAUGAGGGAUGGUGGGAAGCUACAGUCCUGUUUAGCCCCUCCUGCUGCUGUCUCUACUUUCUCUGCAACUUAGGAAGGGAGUGAACGCGCUGAUCCCGGGAGAAUGCAGCACCUACUGUGGCCUAGGGGUUCUGGGGGGCUUCCGCUGCUCCUCUGCUUCGUGCUGCUGAACAGCCGCCCAGGGGGCUGCAGCGACAUUAGUGGCCACGGUGGUCAGGGCCAAGUGGGAGUGGGGAAGCUCUGGCCCCUCCAAGGAUUUGUCUCUACAGUCUUCCAGCACUUGCAAGUUGUACUCCAGCAGAUUGUGCCCCUAAGUUUGUUCUGGAAGGAUGACAUCACCCAGGGUGUGAUGACCCAGAGGAUGGGGCACAUCAGCAGAUUCUACCCCCAAGAUCCAUGUCUGAGGCAUGGAUAGGCAACCUUUCCCACCAAAACCACUGGGAUAAGCCCAAUGGCCAAAGUGAACAGGGAUCAAUGUUUUACCUCCAAAGUGGAUCUGAAGACCCUGAAACGAGAGGUGACCAACCCUGUCAAGGACUUCUUUGAGCCACCCCCCACUGUGGGCCACAACCUUGUUGCUGAUUGA